GGCAAUCGAGAAAAACAAAACGUGGGGACUGGGUCGUAACAACAAGUUUAAAGCGGCAAAUUUGGAAAUUUUCGAAUGUUUACUUUUUUAAAGAGAAGUUGUGCUUGUGACUAGAUGUAUGUUGUCCACUACAAAUUUUGAGGUUUCAAAGAAGAGCGUUUUUGUUACAAACAGAAGUGGACUUCGAAUUGCUUAUAUUCGCCCCAGAGAGUCCAGAUUUAUGAAGUCAUGUUUUCACAGAAUGAAGAAUCACUCAGAUUACAUGGGUACAAGAAAAAAGCGUUCUUACUGUAAAAACGACGAUUCCUUAAUUCAGAAGAAGAACAAGAACUACAAAGAACUGGCGGUGUAUGUAAUACAAUCAGACUUUAAACUCACGAAACCUGAUAAUAAACAAUACAAACGGAAGAGAUCAAAUGUUGAUUUACAACACGUACGCUUUCCUGAAGACCUCGAAGAAUCGUUUUACCAAGGACUAAUUGAUAAAAAGGCAAGAGAUGAUCAUGUAGUGCCAGAUUAUAUGAUGCCGAUGUAUUCUUGUUUAGAUGAUGAUCAUGAAAAUCCAUUACCAACAUUAUUUCCUGAAGAAAGAAAUAAUAAAGGCAAGAGUGGCAACAAAUCAUUUCUAAGAAAGAUAAAUCAUGCCGAGUCUACCAACGUGACGCGUUCAUCAAAACCAAACAUUCUACAGACUCCUAAUCUUCGAUGUAUAGAUGAAAAGAGAACUAAACUAGUGGCGGAAACACCUUUAUUGUCGAAGUUUGUGUCUGGCCAAAUCCAUCGCAUCAGCAGUGGAUUCUUAGUACCGGAAACGCCAUUUUAUGCAAUAAACACCACGACACCUGGUUUGAGAACAGUGGUUGAAGAAACACCUCUCAUAUCACACGGUUCAAAGUUCAAAUAAAGAUUGACAAAUAGAGUUUGCACACCAAUAAAUACUUUAAUUGGAAAAACUUUCGCGAGAGAAACUUUCGGGAGAAAAAAAAUUCGCCAAAUUUUUUAGAUAAACUUUCGCGAAUGAAGAAAUUUGGAAAAUUUCGCGGGAUUAACUUUCGCAAAUGCAAAAACCCGCAAAUUUUUGCGAGAUAAACUUUCGCGAACAAGGUUUUUUCAGUUAAAAAAACUUCAAAAUUCUUAGCAUAAUUGAAAAUCUAUAUACCUAAAUCUAAAUUAUAAUACCCGUAUACGUCCGUCCGUCUGUCUGUCAAAAUGGUAGCUUAGCUUCGCAGGUAGCGAGACGCACGCAAUGCAGUAUUAAAAGGACGGGCGAACCGGGACAGGCUGUUGGACGGGCUGACGACUAGUGUUAUAAAUUUUCUUUCUUGAAAAGAGAUUUCUAAGUAUUUUUUGUGUUUUUGGUAAAAAAAAUGAUAAAAUAGCUUACCGGAUAAACUUUCGCGAAUGAAGAGAUUCGGAAACUUUCGCGAAUUAACUUUCGCGAAUGAAGAAACCCGCACAUUUUCGCGAGAUAAACUUUCGCGAAAAUGGCGAAAAAUCGCGAAUUCGCAAAGGUUUCUCUCGCGAAAGUUUCUCCAAUUAAAGUAUCCGCUAACGAAAUCUUAAUUUUUGUGAUUGUAAUGUUAUUUAAAUAUAUUUUACUAAAUGCAAAAAAAAUCAUUAUUGGUAGA